AUGCUGUCCAGAGCUACAGCGGCUUUAAAGGAGCAGGAGAUUGUCAAGAAAAUCGAUGCCAUCAAUCGCCGGUUUGGACAUGCCUUCGACUGGAAUUUUGGUAGGUAUCAGCCUGCGGCCUGGAGUGGUGAAAUGCUGGAUAAGAUGAGAAGGCUUGCGGGAGUUGCAGAAGAGCAGGGUGUGCUAGCAGUGGAGGUGAAGAGAAGGUUGGACGAGCAGGUGCUGGCAAGACUCCGCAAUCAUGGACGCCACACGAGACGAGAUCCGGUCUUGAUGACCACCGAUAUCCUGGCGGUAACUGCGGCGAUACAAGGAGUACCAUCCUCUACUGGUUUGGCGAAAGCCCCAGUAGAGGGUGGGGCUGUAGAUCCACUGGAGAAGUUGCCGGAAGAAUCGUCGUCCUUCCAUACCGAUGCAAUGGACCAAGACGGUCCUCGACCCCCGUCGCUGCCUCGCUCCUCUGGCAUCACUGGUCUUUCGUUUUCGGCGACUUCGGGCGGUGAAUUUGGAAUCCCUGGCGAGCAGGGGCAGGAGCAGGAGCAGGAGCAGGAACCGGAGCAGGUAGAGAAGAGGAAGAAGAGGAGGAAGAAGGAGAAGAAGAAGGAGAAGAAGAAGGAGAAGAAGAAGGAGAAGAAGAAGGAGAAGAAGAAGGAGAAGAAGAAGGAGGUGAGCAGCCCACUGCAUGAUGGCUUCGCCAAAGGCGCACAAGGCGCAGGUAAUGGGAGGAGGAAGAAGGGAAAAGGCCGCCGCCAGCCAAGCCCUGAGGAUCAAGAGGAAGAAAUCGAGCAAGGCCGCCGCGGCAAUCCUCCGCCGUCGGCCCCAGAUGGCGGUAUGCGCCAGGCCAUGUUGUCGCUGCUGCAUGGGCAGUACUUGCGUGAUCAAGCUGCGGUGGAAGAGUAUACUGCUCGUGAUCCGUCGGGCAGUGAUGCUGACUUGGAGCUGGGAGAUAUGCGCAGAAGGGCGCAGCUUAGCAAAUCUUUGUUAGUUGAGAUGACGGAGAGAAUGUCAGAGGGCGGAGAGCCUCGUCACGCCUCUGAGCAGUGGAGGCCGCGAACGCUCGAGCUGAGCAGGCGGUCGUGGAAAGCGAACCUGGCGGACAGGAUGAAGACGGUAAUGGAUGUGAUGGCGGCGCAGAUUGAAUCUGCAAUUCCAAGAAACUCUGCUCACGACGGAUUUCCAGCCUUAUUCAUUCAUCCUCGACCCAGUCUCUCGCUCUUUUAUGUGUUCCAUGGGGCGCGCACUUCCGAUAGCAUAUCCGCAUGCUCCUCCAUUCUCCAAUGUUCCGGCCUCUUACUUGGUCGUCCUCGAGCCAUUUUCUCGGCCGUCUGUGUGUUCUUCAUUCCCAGGUACGCGCAUUCCAAGGCACGCAGCAGUAUUUCCAGGCACGCUCGCAAAUCCCGAGCCUGCGCGUCGUCUUCUUGUUCAAGGUCGCUGCUGCGUGCACGACGUCGCAUCAGCCGCUCGCAUCCGUCUUCACCACACGACAAUCUACGGCACAAUUCUCAUCUUCCGAUUCCCGCAGCGACUCUGAUCAACGAAUCUGCGAGGUCUGGGAGGGAAGAGACGAGAUUGAAGAAAGAACGGUCAGGAAAGAACACGAAAGAACGGACAGAGGAGGUGGGUGCAUGUCCCGCGAGGAAAAAAACAACGGAAGAAGGAGGUGGGUUUAUGUCACGAGGUGAUCUCGGUGUGACAUACUACCCAAUUGAUUCUUGUUACUUGCUUCGCAUGCGACGGCUCAAGUCUCACUUCGUAACUGGGGACAUGUCGCGUUUCCCUCUUCCACUCUCACCUUCAAUUCCUGAUUAUCGAGAAUAUUGGCCCAAAGCUACUCCCUUCCAUUGGCACCAACCUACGGUGAGCUGGCUCCGUGAGCUCAACCACUCCUACUGCCCACAUUCGGCUGUCAACUUCUUCCAAAUCAUGCGGCCAGCAGUAGGGAGCUUUCGAAAUAGCGACAUGUCUGUGACGGGGACACGCAUGAGAUUCUGCGGAAGAGGGAAACUUUCCGUGGUUUCUAGACGAUCGAACUACGUGGCGCAACGUCGAUCUCAGAUUAGGCUACAGCUGUUCAAGCUUGCCGCGCAAGUCAGCACGGUAUUUCCCAACGCAACCGCCAGCAAAACCUCUACCAUCCAGCCAACUCAUCGCACAGGUGACGCUCAGGAUGGCCGAUCGUCGCCUCGCCCUGUGAACAACACAACACGAUCAGAAUGCAUAAUCCAGCUGAUGUCCCGUGAUUGCCAUCUCCAUACCUUACAGACACCCUCGGCGAACUCAAGCAAGAUGUGGACACAUGCCUACCAGUGCUCAGCGCACUCAUCAGCAACAACGAUGACUUGGACCGCCGACGGUAUUACGGGUCCUAUGAAACGGUGGAUGGAGACGGGCAGACCACGGCAUCGUGCUAUCGCCAAAGCGUCUUGGCCAAAAUUGCUAAUAUCUGCGAAGGGCUAUUUUCAAGCACGUGUUACGCGCUGGCAGGUUAGAGAUCAGCGUUAG